UAUGCUUUGCUCCUAUCUUCCCCUGUAAACCCUAGUUUUUCGAUUCUGCGAAAAUGCCGCCGAAGCUCGAUCCUUCGCAGGUUGUCGACGUCUACGUCCGAGUCACCGGCGGCGAGGUGGGCGCGGCGAGUUCACUCGCUCCGAAGAUCGGUCCGCUCGGUCUGUCACCCAAAAAGAUAGGAGAAGACAUAGCGAAGGAGACUGCGAAGGACUGGAAGGGGUUGAGGGUGACGGUGAAGCUGACGGUGCAGAACCGUCAGGCGAAGGUGUCAGUGGUUCCAUCUGCGGCUGCGCUGGUCAUCAAGGCCUUGAAGGAGCCAGAAAGGGAUCGCAAGAAGACGAAGAACAUCAAGCACAGUGGCAACAUAUCGCUCGAUGAUGUGAUCGAGAUCGCUAGGGUUAUGAGACCGAGGUCGAUGGCAAAGGACCUUAGCGGCACCGUCAAAGAGAUCCUUGGUACCUGCGUCUCUGUUGGCUGCACCGUCGAUGGCAAGGAUCCCAAGGAUUUGCAACAGGAGAUUACUGACGGAGAUGUUGAAAUCCCGCACGAUUGAUACUCAGUACUAUGCUGCUUCUUGGUAGUUAUCCACUCUCAUUCAGUUGGAGUUUUCUGAUACUCUGACUAUCCACCACAUUUUUGCUACUUUAGGAGUUGCCAUUUAACUCAAAAGGUUAUUGGAUCGGGAAGCAUUGCCAAAUGCCAAUGUCCUUAGAGGAUUAAGGAACGUCCUCUUCAGAAAAAUGAUCAAAACCGGUGGUUGAGGUUUUGUAUUACAGCAGUGUUGGGUAUUCCAACCCGGAGAGAACAGGAUACUCACGGGUGUAGGACUAAAUUCAUUUCCCUUUCAAUUUACCGUAACUGGUUUGUGUGUACACUUGCUCAUUAGAAAAUGAUUAGUAGCAUUGACAGAUAUAUUCCAAUCUUCUUGCAAGCAAUC